AACAGCUCAACUUCAUAUUUUGCGGUGUAAUGCGGAAGCGCGUGGGGUGACCAUUUCAAUAUAUUAAAUUUUUAAUCAUAUUUAUUGAAAGUAAAAAUUGUAGUAAAAUGGAGCAAGCUGCAAAAGAAGCAACAAAUUCGGUUCAAGUAUUUGGAAGAAAGAAAACGGCUACUGCUGUUGCAUACUGUAAAACAGGCAAUGGUUUAUUGAAAGUAAAUGGUCGACCCCUGGAAUUGCUUGAGCCUCAGAUUCUCAAAUAUAAGCUUUUGGAACCAAUUCUUUUGUUAGGAAAAGAGCGUUUUGCAGGUGUUGACAUACGUGUGAGAGUUAAGGGAGGUGGUCAUAUAUCGCAGAUAUAUGCAAUUCGUCAAGCCAUUUCUAAAGCUUUAGUUGCAUAUUAUCAAAAAUAUGUUGAUGAAGCUUCCAAAAAGGAAAUUAAGGACAUAUUAAUUCAGUAUGACAGAUCUCUUCUGGUAGCUGAUCCUAGACGAUGCGAGCCCAAAAAGUUUGGUGGACCUGGUGCUCGUGCUCGUUACCAGAAAUCUUAUCGUUAAAAUUUUCUACAUUUACAUGAAAAUAAAUAAAUUUUAAGCCA